AUGGAUCCCUCCCAAGUCAAGAUCCCCCCCAUGAAAAACCUAACAGUGGACAACAUAACGGAAAAUGUAAUCCGAAUCAAUAGCCUCUGCGAAGACCAACGCAUGAAAUACAUCCUGGAACGCCUAGUAACUCACCUGCACGACUUCGCCCGCGAAACCCGACUCAGCAGCGACGAAUGGAUGACCGGCCUGCGCUUCCUAACAGAAGUAGGCCAAAUCACCACAGAUGUCCGACAGGAAUACAUCCUCCUGUCUGAUGUGCUGGGCCUCUCAAUCCUCGUCGACUCAAUCGACCACCCCAAACCACCAGGCUCAACAGAAGGCACAGUCCUCGGCCCGUUCCACACGCACGAUGCCGAGGAAAUGAGUGCCGGAGACUCCAUGUCCCAUGACCCCGAGGGUGAACCUUUGCUUGUUGUUUGUACCCUGCGUGAUACGGAGGGACGGCCUGUUGAGGGUGUUAAGAUCGAUAUCUGGGAGACGGAUUCGUCGGGUCAUUAUGAUGUUCAGUAUGCUGGACGGGAGGGUCCUGAUGGGCGUUGUAUUAUGCGGUCUGGGAGUGAUGGCGUGUUUUGGUUUAAGGCGAUUACGCCCGUGCCGUAUCCUAUUCCGCAUGAUGGGCCUGUUGGACGGUUGUUGAAGAAGCUGCAUCGGCAUCCGUACCGGCCUUCGCAUAUGCAUUUUAUGUUUGAGAAGGAGGGGUAUGAUCAUUUGAUUACGGCUCUCUACCUUCGUAAUGAUCCUUAUGAGACUUCGGAUGCUGUCUUCGGUGUUAAGGAUUCCCUUACCGUUGAUAUUGGAAAGGUCGGCCCGGAAUUGUCGAAGAAGUAUGAUGUUCCUGAGGGACAUGCUUUGCUCACUUAUGACUUUGUGCUUGUUUCCGAUGAGGAGACUAGCCAGUUGCGCGCUUAUAAUUCCAAGGUUGCGCUGGAUAAGCUUGGUCGGAAGGUUAAGAUUGUUAAUGGGUUGCCUGUGCCGGAUUUGGAUUAA